CUCCUGCAGUUUCCUCGUCAUAUCUUCCAUCGCUCCUCACUCUCGCCUCAUCCUACUGUUUCACAAUCUAUCCUUUUUCUUCCAAAUCCAAUUCCCAAUUUGGAACCCGGAAUGGCCUAACAUGCGACGCGUCGUCGUGACCGGGCUCGGCGCCAUCACUCCCCUCGGCGUGGGCGUCCGCCACACGUGGCAGCGCCUGCUGGCCUCCGAGUCCGGGCUCGUCAGCGUCGCUGACCGCGGCCGCAAUGCCCUCGAACAGGCCCAGUGGCGCGACCUCACCAGCACCGUGGCCGGCAUCGUACCCACCGACGACAAGCCAACAACAACAACAUUGUCAUCAUCAUCGCCAUUAUCCAAUGGAAGCGAUGACGACGGCAUCUGGCACCCCUCGGACUGGCUCGACGCCUCGGACCAGCGGCGCAUGUCGAUUUUUGCCCAGUACGCCGUCGCGGCCGCCGAGAUGGCGCUGCGCGAUGCCGGCUGGCGGCCCACGAGCCAUGCGGAGCAGGACAUGACGGGCGUGUGUCUGGGCAGCGGCAUCGGGAAUCUGGACGACUUUUAUGCCACCAGUGUGGCCUUUGACCGAGGGGGCUACAAAAAGGUCUCGCCGCUUUUCGUGCCCAAGAUCUUGAUUAACCUCGCCGCGGGCCACAUCGCCAUGCGCUACGGCCUCAGAGGGCCGAACCAUGCCGCCACCACUGCCUGCACCACGGGUGCGCAUUCCCUUGGCGACGCUGCCCGGUUUAUCGCCUACGGCGAUGCCGAUGUUAUGGUUGCUGGCGGCGCCGAGUCGUGCAUCCACCCGCUUACGUUUGCUGGAUUUGGUCGGUCCAGGUCGCUGUCCACGGCGUUCAAUCAAGAUCCGCCAGCCAGUUGCCGGCCGUUUGAUGCCGAUCGUGCCGGGUUCGUGGUUGCUGAAGGCGCCGCCGUUGCUGUGCUCGAGGAGCUGGAACACGCCAAGCGGAGGGGCGCGAGGAUUCUGGCUGAGCUCAAGGGGUAUGGCUGCAGCGGUGAUGCGCACCAUAUGACGGCGCCGAGGGAGGACGGUUUGGGAGCGCUCUCGGCCAUGAAGAAGGCGUUGAAGAAUGCCGGGGUGAAACCCGGGCAGGUGGACUACAUCAACGCUCAUGCCACCGGCACGCUGGUUGGGGAUAUUGCCGAGACGGCAGCCAUCCGUGCGCUGAUGACGGGCGAGGAAGGGGUGGACGACGAGUCCAAGGUCACAGUGAGCAGCACCAAGGGUGCCAUUGGGCAUCUCCUAGGGGCAGCCGGCGCCAUCGAAGCCGUCUUCUGCAUUCUUGCCAUUACCGAGAAUGUCGUCCCUCCGACGUUGAAUCUCCACAAGCCCGAUGUCGGCGCGGAUUUUAACUUUGUGCCGCUACACGCGCAGCAGAAAAAUGUCAAGGUGGCCAUGUCCAAUAGCUUUGGCUUUGGCGGGACCAAUGCUUCGCUCGUAUUUUCCAGGUUGGAGUAGAUCGCGACCAGACGAAUAGGGCUGUAUACAUAUAUAAUGUGUAUCAUAGUGUACUGAUGAAUGUACAAGUCCUUGUAUUGUACAAUACACUAUAGACACCGCAAGUGUCUAACGCAACAUGACAU